AAACGAAAUUAACAGAAAAUGUUUUGUGUAAAGUGGUAGUUAUAAGCUUAGAAGAUCUUAAAUCUCGGAAACUGAAUAAUGAUGAAAAUACUCACACACAUGUAUGGAAAAGAGUAUCUACGAAAUUUGAUUGAAAUGUCAAAUGUCCACAGUAUAUAUAUGCAUACCAAAUUUUUACCAUAAAACAAAACACACCAGAUUUUCAGGAAUUCACUAUUACUAAAAUAUACCAAAAUUUAAAUUUAUGCAUUAAAUACUCCUCUGUAUAAAUAAAAUCAAAGGCCUACGAAACAUACAUUGGUUAAAUUACACGAAGAAAGGAGAAAAACAUAAGAAGAAGAAAGCAAAGAUGAAAGCCGUUGCGAUUUUAUUGGUUUCAUGUCUUCUUUUCUCCCUUCUCUCAACCAACCUAGCCAAAGAGUUGGAGUGGUGCCCAUCAAAGGACGUGUUCAAUGGAUCGUGCACAGACAGAGGAAGUCCAAGCUACACAUGUUUUCUAGAUUUGUUGGGAUCUAAGAGUGCAAGUGCUAUGCCUAAGAAUUGCAAAUGUACUCCUCUUCCUCACAACCAUCGUCAAUGCGACUGUUUUGUCAUUUGCGGCAGCAAUUAAGUUAUUUUUUUCGAUUCCUUGAUUUAUUAUUAGGGUUUGGAGUUUUUUUUUUCCAUCUGCAAUAAUGUUUUUUGAAUGAGAUCUCUUUGUAAUCCACAUUUAAAAUAAGUAAUAAAGUCUCAGUUUACAAAACAACAAAAAAAAAACUUUUAUUAAUUAUCAUCUAUGUCAAUAAGCAUGGUAUGUUG